AUGGGUAACUAUCCAAAAGCACUUUCAUCUCAUGAAAAAGCCCUUGAAAUUCGACAACAAUCACUUCCUCCCAAUCAUCCUAAUUUGGCUAUGUCCUACAACAACAUUGGUUUGGUAUAUGAAAACAUGGGUAAUUACUCAAAAGCUCGUACAUUUUAUGAAUAUGCUAUACAAAUUGGAGAACAAUCAUUAGCUUCAAAUCAUCCUAAUCUUCAAAAUUAUAGAAAUAACCUUGAAGAUGUAAAAAACAAAUAA